UUCAGCCACGUUAUUGUGAUUCCUCGUUUCAUCGUCCCUUCACUUUCUAGUGUGUGGUUUGGGUUUAACUACCCAAAACUUCCCCUCUUCAAAUGAGGUGAAACUCGAGCAGCAAAUAAUAAUAUUAAUGAUAUUGCAUUCAUGCAAUAUACAGUGGACAUGUUUAAGUGGUUACAUGGUAGAAUUUGAAGCUAUGAUCAAGAUGAGAAUGUAUGUUAGCACUACAUAUGCCUGCUACUCUAAUUAGGUGUUACUGGACUGUGAUACUCAGCACUAUUUCAUUCAGCUAGAUAAAAUGAAAUGAUUUCUCCAGCAUUGUGAUAAAAUUAUUCAUAAAUGCAGCAUUGUGUAAUGGUUCUGGAUGACAUGGAGCCUAAACCUCUCGUGAGAGAAUUGGGAAAAAGCUGAAGUUAUGCAUCUUAGACAAGAAGAGCAUACAGUAGUCUGUGAAUUUGGUGAUAAAAUAAGUGUAUGUGUGUGAUGCAGCAUAAUUAAGAUGGCAACUAUAUCUUCACAUAUUAGUAUAGAAGGCAUGACAUGCCAGUCAUGUGUAAGGAACAUAGAAGGAACCGUGAGUGGACUUCCUGGCGUGCUCUCCAUUAAAGUCGACUUGGAGGGAAAGCAUGGAACAGCUGUGCACAAUCCACAAGUGAUCACCGGUGCACAAAUUGCUGACAAGAUUGAUGACAUGGGUUUUGAGGCUGAACUCGUUGAUGGAAAGGAUACGUCAGUUGGAAUUGAAGAAGACUUUAUGGUGCUGGACAGUUCCAAGGAAAACAGUGCAGGAAACUCCAAGAAUAAUGUGAAGGUGGCAAAUCUACUAGGGGAACCCAUCAACUGUGCAUGUGGGGACCAAUUGAUUCAAAUCUCUGUAAAAGGCAUGACCUGCAAUUCCUGUGUGAAGAAUAUUGAAGGUCACGUUAAGAAGCAGAAUGGAGUGCAUUUCAUCAAGGUGUCUUUAGAGGAGGAAGUUGCCACACUCAUCAUUGACCCCACACACACGUCUGGAGAGACCAUCAGGACAGUCAUAGAUUCUAUGGGCUUUAAAGCUGCGCUUAUGGAGACUGAUGCACCAGUCAUAAUAGUGGGUAUUGAAGGCAUGACUUGUAUGUCAUGUGUGCGGAACAUAGAGUCAACAGUCGGAGGAAAACCUGGUGUUUUGUCCAUAAAGGUGAGUUUGGAGAACAAAAUUGGUUUAAUCUCAUAUGACCCCAAACAAACAAACCCAGCACAGCUACGAGAACACAUAAAUGACAUGGGUUUUGAAGCAACAUCUCAAGAUGCAGUAGGAUCUGAUAAUUCAAAGUUGCAGACAUGUAUCAUAUCCAUUCAAGGGAUGACUUGCAACUCCUGUGUUCGAAAUAUAGAAGGUACCAUUGGAGUGAAAACUGGCGUUAAAAGCAUAAAGGUUGAUUUAGAGAAAGCUGAAGGUAAAGUAGAAUUCAACCCUGAUGUUGUGACUGCUGACUUGAUAGCAGACAUGAUUGAUGACAUGGGCUUUGAGGCCAGUGUGAAGGCAGACAAAUCGACUAAGAGUGAACGCUCUGUGAUGAAUGGUAAAGCGAAAUCUUCAAAAUUAUCCCGGGAGGUGAGUGUCAGCAGUUCAUACCAAGAAAAUGUUGCCUUUGAAGGAGACGAAGCCGACCUGGAGAAGUGUUUCCUGCGAGUGACAGGGAUGACGUGUGCGUCUUGUGUGGCAGCUAUUGAGAAGCAUGCUAAAAAGAUUGAAGGUGUCCACAGUAUCCUCGUUGCACUAAUGGCAGCCAAAGCAGAAGUACGUUAUGAUCCAGCCAUGGUAUUGCCACAGCAGGUAGCUGCCAGUAUCACCGAACUUGGCUUUCCCACCACCGUGUUAGAGGAAUCAGGAGCUGGUCAGGGGGAGGUGGAUCUGGAGAUAUCAGGGAUGACUUGCUCUUCUUGCGUUUAUGCCAUUGAGUCAAAUGUGAAGAAGUUGAAAGGUGUGAAGUCGGCGGUGGUGGCUCUAGCAACUGAACGGGGCAAGUUUCAUUUUGAUCCUGCGAUCACUGGCCCCAGAGACAUUAUUGACUGCAUUAAUAAUCUUGGCUUCACUGCUACUCUUUACACAAGUGGAACAAAUAAAGGCAGCUAUCUGGAUCACAGAAAGGAGAUUAACAAAUGGAGAAAUUCAUUCAUUGUAUCUCUUCUCUUUGGGGUGCCGGCGAUGUUGGUGAUGGUGUACUUCAUGGCCAUGAUGGAGCACAUGACCCACCAAGAAAUGUGCUGCGUUGUCCCAGGUCUUUCCCUUGAGAACUUGUUACUCUUCCUUUUAUCUACUCCUGUGCAGUUCAUUGGAGGGCGGCAUUUCUAUAUACAAGCAUUUAAGGCCCUACGACACAAGACUGCUAAUAUGGAUGUUCUUAUUAUGCUGGCAACAACCAUCUCAUAUAUUUACUCAUUGGGUGUGGUCAUUGCCGCCAUGAUUCUACAACAAGAAGCAAGCCCAAUGACAUUCUUCGACACUCCUCCAAUGUUGUUGGUGUUUGUGUCUCUUGGACGUUGGCUUGAACACAUUGCCAAGGGCAAAACUUCCGAGGCUUUGGCAAAACUGAUGUCAUUACAAGCAACAGAGGCAACACUGGUGACACUCGAUGAAAAUAGUGAGACGGUCUCAGAGAAAGUCAUUGAUGUGCAGCUGAUUCAGAGAGGAGAUAUGCUCAAGGUCAAACCAGGAGAAAAGGUUCCAGUUGAUGGACGUGUAGUUUCUGGAGAGAGCAUGGCAGACGAGUCACUCAUUACAGGAGAGUCGAUGCCUGUUGCCAAGAAACCUGGCUCUCAGGUUAUUGGUGGCUCUAUCAACCAGAAUGGUCUUCUGAUGAUCAAGGCAACGCACAUUGGGAGUGAUACAACACUUUCACAAAUUGUAAAGCUAGUUGAAGAAGCACAAACAUCGAAGGCACCCAUCCAACAACUUGCUGACAAGAUUGCAGGCUACUUUGUGCCAAUGGUGGUCACAGUGUCUACCUUGACACUCAUCUGUUGGAUUAUUAUUGGCUUUGUUGACAUCACACUAGUUGAUACAGACUAUGCCCAGAAGCUUGGUGAGGGAUUUACACGUACUGAAAUCAUUUUGGAGUUUGCUUUUCGGUGUGCCAUCACUGUCCUUGCCAUUGCAUGUCCAUGUGCUCUUGGACUUGCUACACCAACAGCGGUGAUGGUGGGUACUGGAGUUGGCGCUACUAAUGGCAUACUUAUCAAGGGAGCGGAACCCUUAGAAAAUGCUCACAAGGUGAAGACUGUUGUUUUUGACAAGACCGGGACCAUCACCCACGGCACACCAACACUAGCCAAGCUCGCCCUCUAUGUGGACGAGACGGUGUGUACCCUCGCGCAGUUCCUCGCUAUUGUGGGAGUUGCGGAGAACAACAGUGAACACCCUAUUGCAACAGCCAUAUCCAAGUUCUGUCGUCAAGCAUUGGGUAACCUGAAUGCUCAUUGUGAGAACUUCAAGGCAGUGUCUGGCUUUGGGUUGCAGUGCACAAUAUCUGGCACACAACACCUCGUCCAAGCAGCUAUGUCCUCAGAAAUGCUUCUAAAUGUGAAAAAUCUCACUAUUAAUUAUAUAAAUGAAUAUGGACUGACGGAUGUGGUGGAUCGGUCAUCACAAAGACAGGAGGAUAUGUUUCUGAUUGGUGAUGUCUUGAUUGAUUGUUCUCAUGCACCACGUGUAUCAUUUGACACUGAAAACACUCCUCUGUUCUCACCAUCUACAAUGACUACCUCCAAGGAUAACGAUGAAUGCAAGGAACCUUACCAGGUGCUUAUUGGUAAUAGAGAUUGGAUGGAGCAAAACGAAGUAAUUGUCCCCAAAUCUGUGGAUGAGCAGAUGGCUGAACAAGAGCAGUUGGGCCGGACUGCUGUACUUACUGCUGUUAAUGGCCAGUUGCUAGGCAUGAUGGCUGUAGCAGACACUGUGAAGCCCGAGGCAGCUCUAACUGUAUAUACUCUAAAAAAGAAAGGACUCGGUGUCAUUCUGCUGACAGGUGACAAUCAGAAAACAGCGGCAGCCAUUGCAAGACAAGUUGGAAUCACCCGAGUGUUUGCUGAAGUUCUUCCUUCUCACAAAGUAAAGAAAGUGAAACAACUUCAGGAGUUGGGUCAGAAAGUGGCAAUGGUUGGUGACGGUGUAAAUGACUCGCCGGCCUUGGCCCAAGCUGAUGUUGGCAUUGCUAUAUCUUCUGGCACGGAUGUUGCAGUUGAGGCAGCUGAUGUUGUACUUAUUAGGAAUGACCUAAUAGAUGUGGUUGCUUGCUUGGAUCUCUCCAAGAAAACUGUGCGUAGAAUCCACCUUAACUUCAUAUUUGCUUCAAUCUAUAACUUAGUGGGGAUACCAGUUGCAGCAGGAGUAUUUAGGCCUUUCGGUUUUUACUUACAGCCAUGGAUGGGCUCAGCUGCAAUGGCCUUGAGCUCUGUGUCUGUGGUGUGUUCAUCUCUUCUGCUUAAAAUGUAUCGUAAACCAACAAGAGAAACACUAGCGACUCUCGACUAUCGUAAAGCGCAAGAAGCACGACUAAUAGGGCAAAAUGACGAUGACAACAUAUCAGUUCAUCGAGGCCUUGAUGACAUUCCUAUUCCUGCCACACCAACUUCGGCUCUUUCCAGAGUCAGAAAAAAUCUACAGGGUCUUUACCGGUCAAGGAGAUCGGAAUGUCAGUGCGCAGGCAUGAGAUAUGGUGGAAAGUGUUCGUGCAGCUAUACUCAGUCCCUGAAAGCCAGGUACAACGCCAUAACAGGUGUGGAGAUAGGCGAGAGUGAUGCCGAGAUGGAGGAACUCUUGCCUAGAGUUAAUGUAGCUGAAGGAGAAGGAGGGAGAAUGUUUGAGCAUGAUUUUGGUGGUGGUGGUGGUGGUAGUGGUGUUGGUGGUGGUUGUGGUGAUGGUGAUGGUAGUGGUGAAGAUGACAGACCCACACUAGUGCCAUCUGAGUCUCUAGUGGUGCAUCUUUAGUCAGCUCCUGCUACUAUUUACACUGUCUUAAUAUUUGGAUCCCUGCGCAGACCAGGGAGGCAAGGCCACAUUCCAGUACCGACAGAUGACGACUUGGACCUGGAGCUCAAGUUUAUUUCCACGUGAUAGUUUUAUAGCUAUCUUUCUCCGCUGUUUUCUGAUGUGGGCUGCUAUUCUACUCUAUUUUUAUCAUUGCAAGAUUUCAUAAUUUUGUAAAUUUUUCUCUCAUCCUGAAAAGAUUUUAAGAUCUUUUUGUAAUGUGCUUCCUAAGUACUGUACUGUUUCAGAGCAAUGGCAGCCAUCCCAUCAGUUAUGGUCUGUUUCCUCUACUCUGGGUUCACUGUAUCUUUGUAAUCCUCAUAUACCAAUCACCCUCUCCAUACUCUUGCUUAGUCCUAUCCUCAUUGUCUGGUACUACACAUGUAUCUUACAGUUCAUAUACUGUAUUUCAAUAGCCUGAAUUAAAAUUCUGGUACUGUUUUAACCAUUCCGUAUCCAGAUUUGACUCACAUGUUAGACUCAGAAUGAUCCUUGCUUCUUGUAGUCUCAAGAAAUUCCUUGUUGACUUGAGAACCAGCUUUUAUCAUUCUAUGCUACUGGUCCUCUCUUGCCUCUUUUUGACCCUCCCUAGUGCUCCUUUAUGAUGUCUUGCUGUACUGCCUCACCCCCUUGUGUUUGUCCUUCCCUCACUUGUAUUUCCCUAUGACAUCUCACUAUACAACCAAGCCCUCACCUUAUUGUCUCAUUCAUGUCUCCCUCGUCGAGGGGUCUUGGCAAGGGAGUGCACGUGCAUUUUGCAUAUUCCUAAGAUACCAAAUCUUUUGGGUUUUGCCUUCAAUUAAUUCAUCAAUCUCCAAAAUUCUUGGUUCUGUACUCAGCAAAACUAUUCAAGCAGUAAUAUAUUGUACUGUACUGGUAUAUAUUUGUAUUACUUUAGCUAAAGCAGACAGAAUAGUUUACAUGUUGGUUAUUUCCUCCUGCAUGAAGGUCAUGCUACACUGCUCACAUGGGUUGGGCUGCACUUAGCGCACAUAGGUUGAGCGUCACUUAGCUUUAAGGUGUGGUGAUAUGCGAGUAUAUUUAUUCUUGUAAUCCUAUCAAAGUACAGUACUCUGCCUAUUUUUAUAUUAAGGGAAUAUUGUUGUGGUGUCUAAUUUUAGUCUGUUACUUAAAAUGUAUAUUUUUAAUAUUUGUAUAUAAUACUGUACAUGCACAGGUACUUAGGUACUGUGUAUGAGUUAUCAUGGACAACUUAUAAUUCAGUACUUCAGGUUUAUACUCUAUUUUUUUACAUAAAUUUUAGAUUUUAUUAUGUUAUAAAAAUAUUCAAUGUGACACUAAUGCAAAUGGUAAAUGUGAGGAGAAAAAUGUGAAUUUACAUUUUGUGAAAACUUUGAAUGAACAAAUAAAUGAAAUCAGUAAGGUUAUUGAUAAGAGAGAAAGAUAUUUAGUAUAUUAUAUUAGGAUGCCAAUUUGUUAAUAUCUGGAAGAAGUAUGGAAGGAGGCAAGGUAUUAAUGAGGAGAAAGCACAAAGCCAUUUUGACUGUAGCAUUUGGAAGGUGUAUCAGGACAACGAGCUAAGUACAGAGAUGAGAAGCUUGCAUGACAGAGCAGCAAUUGUAUGAAAAUAAUGAGGUCCUCCUGCAUAGUGUUGAAGAUAUGUGAUAUAAUGUUGAUAAUGGGCAAUAAGAAUGCUACAAAUAAAGAAAGAAAAUAGAAUGAAGAUUUGAUCUUAUUUUCACAUGCAAGUAAAGUAUAAAUUAAUUUCUGUCGAAUAACAUUCAUUGUAAUGUUAUUCUACAGUGUAUAUACUACAGUGGAUUCUACAGAACACUGACAGAGAAGGUGUACAAUAAAGUGAAUACUUUAUACAUUAUAGAUAUAAAAAGAUUCCAAGUCUCUGUCUUUUAGAGGGAAGGAAGUCAAGGUUCUUUGAAGUAUUUUCAAUUGAAGAAAUGUAUGUAAUAAAGUUAAUAUUCUCAUUGGUAAGAUUGAACAUGAAAUGAGGCAUUGUUCCAGUACAGUACAAGUAAACCUUGGUGGCAGGGAACAAAAAUGAGUUAAUUUUGUCCAUCUUGCUGUCUUAUCAUUCCUCCUAAUUCAUCUUCUGACGAGUGUGUCUGAAUUUGUAUACAGAAGGUUGUUAAAAGUAAAUUUUGAUAUGAGUAAGUGUCUUGUUUAUGAAAGACACUGACAGCCUGGAUGUAGAAUUAAAAUUAGGUGAAAUAUUUUUUUAUAUACUGUAUAUAAUUUUGCAUCAAUCUGAAAUGGCAAGAAGAGUGAUACUUAGCCAGGAUAGCAGCAGGAAAGCACAGUCAGGCUUUGAUAAUGGAAUCUAUAUUGAUCAAAACUAUUUUUAAUAAUUGUGGCCAUUCAUUUUCUUACAUUUGGCCCUAUCAUACAUAAGUGAAAUAUUAUAUUUAGUAUGUUAUACAGUAGUUGUAAUGAAGAGCAUAAAGAAUAAAAAUUAUCUGUUUGAGAUAUGUUUAGCAUUAGGAAGACAUUAAAGAGCUUCAUGGCUUGGAGUGCAUCGGGAUAGGGUACCACGAAGAAUAAAACCUGGAGGAAUAUAAUGAAGUGAACAUAGUGUGACAGAUGGGGACAAGAUGAAGGGCAGACAAUGGAAAAAAUGGCAAUGAUAAAUGAUGUAUUAUUAAAAUACAAAGAUGUCAGAUCUUGCUAGAGAUUAGCUGAAGACUGUAUAGUGGAAGCAUUUUGUUAAGGGCAUUAAAUGAAAUAAAGGAGCAGCCGUUACCUUACAAGCCACAUUAGCACAUGUAGUUAAAGAAAGAAGUGCAGUAGAUAUGUGCAAGAUACAUGAUGGUAUAACGAAGUAUACCAGGUGAAAGAACAUAGUAAUACAGUACUGUACUAUGAAAAAAAAGUUGUUGAUAUAGUAAAAUAUUCGAGAGUUCGAGUCUCCCAGGGCCCAAGUGAAUGAAAUUGUUGACAUAGUUAUUGAGAGAUAUACAAGAUAUUGCUGGAUUAUUUGCUGAUUAUCAUAUUAAGGCAGCCCUGAUCCUGAUACAGGAAGCCACUGGGACUCAGAGAAAGGUGUUUCAUUGCAUUCAACACUGGGUUUUUUCGCAUAAUUGGUAAGCUGUAUAGUACUAAUAUUUGUAUCUCUUUAAUUUAAAAAUAAAGAAAAGAAAAUAGAGUUGGGAGAAUUUAUGUAGAAAUAAUAUUUUUCAAAAAUAGUUUGCACAAACAUGUUAUCGAGAAAGUUUUGAUGAAACAAAUUGAAAUUGAGUGAGAAAGUAAGGUGAAGAAAACUUGAAAAAGAGUAUGUGAGUGCCCACAAUCCUUGAUCACAAACACAUUAAUACUCUCCUUGAUUUGUAAAUAUUGUACUUUCUUCAUGUAUUCAUAUAAUCCAUUAUAAAAUACAAUAUAUGUUUUGCCCUGUUGGUUUAUUGUUCCUCUAUAACAAUGUCCAUAUUUGUCAUAUAAUCACCCAUUCAUCAAAUUCUUAAGAGUUCUUUGAAUUCAUACAAAGUUACAAACUUAAUUCUCUCACCUGUAUUCCAUUUCUAGUUUAAGUCUUCAUAUAUUUAUUUAAUUUUAAAAUAGGUUUUCUGGGGAAGCCCUGUAGCUUCAGGGAGCCUCCCGGGCUAUGCCCAGAAAAGGGCUUUUCAAUAAUCCACUGCUAGUUUUUUACUAGAUUUUCUCUAAACACUAUUCAUCUUAAGAAAUUAUGUGAAUAAUAGUAUAUAUACUGUAAUUAAAAUAUAAAAAAUUAUGGUAGAGAAAUUAUAUAUAUCAUUGCAAAUUCACUUCAAUCAUUUGGUCGCCGGUCGGCCGAGCGGACAGCACACUGGACUUGUGAUCCUGUGGUCCUGGGUUCGAUCCCGGGCGCCGGCGAGAAACAAUGGGCAAAGUUUCUUUCACCCUAUGCCCCUGUUACCUAGCAGUAAAAUAGGUACCUGGGUGUUAGUCAGCUGUCACGGGCUGCUUCCUGGGGGUGGAGGCCUGGUCGAGGACCGGGCCGCGGGGACACUAAAGCCCCGAAAUCAUCUCAAGAUAAGAUGUAAACCAAUCACAUUCCAGGGGUAAUGUUUCACAAGUGAUGUGAGAUAUUAAUAUAGAUAGGAGGUUUAUUUUCACUAUAUUUGAUCAAUUUUAAAAUGUGAACUGUAAAAUCAGUCAGGUUUAUUUUUCAGCACAUUCUUUUCUGAUUACAUAUACAGUACUGUAUCAUAAAUCCUAUGGGUUGAAUAUUCAAAUAUUGUAAUGUACCAGAAGCAUGUAUUGUAAUAAAAGAUUCAAAUAAUAAAAUUAUCAUCAAAAUCCA